AUGGCAGCAGCUGGAGGACAUUAUGAUGUGUAUAACCUUCUUGUAUCAGAGGGGGCUGAUCUGUCUCUUACUGAUAAAUACAACAGUGACUGUUUAAUGUGGGCAUGUCUCGGAGGAAACAUGUCUAUUGUGAAACAUUUCCUAUCCAUGAAAACAUUUGACAUCAAUAGAAAAGGAGGCUCUUUCAUACAGACACCAGUCAUGAUGGCAGCAGCUGGGGGACAUUAUGAUUUGUAUAACCUUCUUGUAUCAGAGGGGGCUGAUCUGUCACUUACUGACAAAUACAACUGUGACUGCCUCAUGUUGGCAUUUAAGGGAGGAAACAUGUAUAUUGUGAAACAUCUCCUAUCACUCAAAACAUUUGACAUCAAUCGAAAAGGAGGCAGUGAUAUGCAGACACCAGUCAUGAUGGCAGCAGCUUGGGGACAUAAGGAUGUGUUUAACCUUCUUGUCUCAGAGGGGGCUGACCUGUCACUUACUGAUGACGACAACAGUGACUGUCUGAGGUUGGCAUGCGAGGGAGGAAACAUGUCUAUUGUGAAACAUCUCCUAUCACUCAAAACAUUUGACAUCAAUAGAAAAGGAGGUUUCUUCAUGCAGACACCAGUCAUGAUGGCAGUGGAAAAGGGACAUUAUGAUGUGUAUAACCUUCUUGUAUCAGAGGGGGCUGACCUGUCACUUACUGAUGAAGGCAACAGUGACUGUCUGAUGUGGGCAUGCUUGGGAGGAAACAUGUCUAUUGUGAAACAUCUCCUGUCACUCAAAACAUUUGACAUCAAUCGAAAAGGAGGCAGCGAUAUGCAGACACCAGUCAUGAUGGCAGUGAAAAAGGGACAUUAUGAUGUGUUUUACCUUCUUGUAUCAGAGGGGGCUGACCUGUCACUUACUGAUGAAGGCAACAGUGACUGUCUGAUGUUGGCAUGCAAGGGAAGAAACAUGUCUAUUGUGAAACAUCUGCUAUCACUUAAAACAUUUGACAUCAAUAGAAAAGGAGUCAGUGGUAUGCAGACACCAGUCAUGACGGCAGCAGAAGGGGGACAUUAUUAUAUGUAUAACCUUCUUGUAUCAGAGGGGGCUGAUCUGUCACUCACGGAUGAAGAGAACAGUGACUGUCUGAUGUUGGCAUGCAAGGGAAGAAACAUGUCUAUUGUGAAACAUCUCCUAUCACUCAAAACAUUUGACAUCAAUCGGAAAGGGGGCAAGUGUAAACUGACACCAGUCAUGAUGGCAGUGGAUGAAGGACAUUAUGAUGUGUAUAACCUUCUUGUAUCAGAGGGGGCUGACCUGUCACUUACUGAUGAAGGCAACAGUGACUGUCUGAUGUUGGCAUGCAAGGAAGGGAAGAUGUCUAUUGUGAAACAUCUGCUAUCACUGAAAACAUUUGACAUCAAUCGAAAAGGAGGCAGUGGUAUGCAGACACCAGUCAUGCUGGCUGCAGAAGGGGGACAUUAUGAUGUGUAUAACCUUCUUGUCUCAGAGGGGGCUGACCUGUCACUCACGGAUUAAGAGAACAGUGCUGUCUGGAAGAAAGAUGUCCUAUCCCUGAAAACAUAUUAGAAAAAGACAUCCCUUCAUGCAGGCACCAGCCAUGAUGGCAAUACGAGGGGGUGUAAUGAUGUGUAUAACCUUCUUGUCUUGGAGGGGGGCUGAUUUGUCACUUUCUGACAAUAAUACAAUAAUGACUUGCUGGCUUGUUAGAAAGGACACAUGUCUAUUGUGAAACAUAUUCUCGCAUCGGAGGGAGCUGAUAUGUCACGAAGGAAGACAACAGUAAAUGCCUGAUGUGGACAUGUGAGUGACUUAUAUGUAAGCCAUGUAAAGUAUGAUCGACUGGUUUCAAUGUGUAGUGUGUCCAUCUUUGUGUUUCCAUGGCCUGAGAUAUAUUCUUUUGUGUAAACUACCGAUGACUUUGUGUAAAACAUCUACUUCUGUGACAAUGUGUCAGCAUGGAUGACUAUGUCGGUGACUUUGGUUGUCAUCGUACUGUGACCGUAGAUGUCGGGAAUGUGAUUACCUUCUACCUAAGCAACAUAGUCUUUCCACUUGGUUCCAGGGAUGAUGUAGCUCACUCAAGUCCAUAUAUUGUAGAUGGAAGUCUUGAAUAUUACAAACAAUAUGUCCUCAGAUGUGUUUUCUCUCACUUUUUCUGGUCUAGACUUCCAAUAUACAGAGAGAAGUUCUCUGGUCGGAGUUAGUCUCCAAAUCCCUGCUCCUCUCUCAGACAACUGACAAAAUAUGCUCAAUUGUAAUUUGAGCUCCUCCUACUGAAAUAAUGUUUAACGUCUUACGGAAUGAGUCAUAAUGCUAAUCCCAAUAAUACAUAAUUUCCAUACCCUCUAGUGGUGGAUUCAGUUCACGCUAACAUCACUUCUUAUCUAAAAUACCCGUUUAACUUCCUAAAUGCAGCAAUUAAUCGAACAUAGGAUGGAGAACAAAUACUAUGUCAGACUGGAAGGCGCCAGAAGACCCUUAAUCAGUACUCAAAUCAAUCAGUACUUGACUAACCAUUUAUUCCAUCGGUUCCUUUGCUCUUUGGCACUUAGAUUACAAGACCAGGUCUGGGUAACUUCCUGCUACUCAAAAGUAGUUAUUUCUUGUCACCAAGGGAAACGGAAUCACUUGGCUUUGGUGUCACAGGUCAACGUCUCCUCCCAGUGCAAUCACGCUUCUUAUCGCCAUUUCAUAUUUUAACCUAGAAUUUAAUAGAUAAAAUAUUAUGCUUAUAUUAAAAACCUUUCUCCAAAAGACAAUUGUCAUAGUACCCCAGCAGCAAUUGAAUGAGCGUGUGUGUUGUGUAAAAAGAUGUUGCAAUUUUAUAUGUUUUCACCAUAUUCACUAAAAAUGUAUUUAUAUAUUACCCUUUCCGGAUAUUGCAAAUAUAAUAAAGCAGGCUUCUUAUGACAACCCUUAAUCCACAGUAUGAUUCCAAGCAUAAACAUGUGUUUAUUAAUCGCUACAGGUUUAUGAAUACUUAUACGUUUAUGAACCAUUAUAUCACUAUAUGUAUACACUGAUAAACAAGCACAAAUCUAGUGUAAAACAAUAUAUCUUUGAAACGUGAUAUUCUGUAUAUCAUUAUAGCCUAGUGAAGUAACGUUUUUUUUGCCUUUCAUCAGUAAAUGAUCAUUGUUAAAGAUUUGUAAAAUAUAUUUUUCUUGCAUGCCAUUUAAUAUGUAUAUAUGUAGCCUGAAUAUCUGCAAAAAUGUUUUCACUGAUACAUUUACAAUUAUUAUAUUGAUUCUGUCUAUGAAGUAAAUAUA